UCUCAUCUAGUUCAACUCAAGCUGUGGACGGUAUUGUUUGUAGUUAACUUUACAGCAGCUAUGGCAGCGAAAAUAUUUAAGGAACUGCCAGGAGGUCUCAAGAUGCCCGCCAUUGGACUUGGUACUUGGCAGGUCACUAAUGAGGCAGAACUAGAAAACGCCCUGAACGCUGCCCUUGAGAUAGGUUACCGCCACAUCGACACCGCUUUCGUUUACCAAAACGAACACAUUAUUGGUCGUGUGCUGCAAGAAUGGUUCUCAUCUGGAAAACUAAAGCGGGAGGACCUAUUUAUAACCACUAAGCUUCCAAUGCAAGGUGUACACCAGGAUAGAGUAGAGUUGUUCAUAAAGAAGUCACUGGAAAAUCUUCAAUUGGACUACGUUGAUUUAUAUUUGAUACAUUUCCCUGUUGGAAUUAAACACGACGACGGUCAAAAUCGACCACCGCCAGAGAAAAUCCAAACGGAGCCGAGCGACCAUGUAGCCAUUUGGAAGAAAAUGGAAGAGCAGGUGGAUGCUGGUAGAACCAAGACUAUUGGAGUAUCGAAUUUUAACAUCAGGCAGGUUGACACAGUAAUAAAAUCAGCUAGAAUCAAGCCGGCGUGUCUCCAAAUCGAGUUGCAUGUUUAUUUACAACAAAGAGAAUUAGUGAAUUUCUGCCAACAAAAUGGUCUUGUUGUAGUGGCUUAUGCUCCUUUGGGGUCUCCAGGAUAUAAUAAGUUUACCGCACAGUUUGGAAAUGAACCCAAAAAUCUGCCCGAUAUGCUCAACGAUAAAACAAUCAAGAAAAUUGCCACCAAGCAUAAGAAAACCAACGCACAAGUUAUGCUGCGAUACCUCUUGCAGAGAAACAUCGUGGCUAUACCAAAGAGCGUUACUCCAGCUAGACUCAAAGAGAACAUAGACGUAUUCGAUUUUUCUUUGGACGGCGUAGAUAUGAAAGCUUUGGAUGAUCUUGAGGUUGGUGAAGAAGCUCGAGUGUGUGACUUCAAAUUUUUCCCAACGUUGUUGCAGCAUCCAGAGUUUCCUUUCUCCAAGUAAUAAUUGUUAUUGUAAUGUCCUUAGUACAUUUAUUACAUCAAAUUUAUUUUGCAUUUCUAUUACAUAAUAAAUGAUUUAUUAUUAUAA